CUCUCGGGGCUGGAGGCCGCUCCGGGCCGGCGCCGCCCUCUGUGUCUCGCCGUCCCUCCCUCCUGCACAACGGCGCUCCGAGGCAGAGCUUCCUGCGUCCCCAUCCCGGUCCCGGAGCGGGCUCUGCGCCCUCUCCGCCACCGCCUCCCUCGAUCUUAAACCCCCCGCCCCGAACCUCCGGCCCCGGGAUCAUAUCGCCCCGAAGGAGGCAGCCCGGGGGGGACCGGGUCGUGGAGCCCCCGGUCCCCGGCAGCCCGACCGUGACCGUGCUGGACCCGCAGCCACCCGGACCUCUCGGCCGCAGCUGUCCACACAGGAUGCCUCGAAUUUGCUGGAAGCCAUCCCUCGAGAGCGCAGCCGCUGCUUCUUUAGGGCAGCACUAGGGAUUUCGUUCCGUGCGUUGAAGGGGUUUUUGUUGUUCUUGCUGCCACUGCUGGUGCGCUCAUUUAUUUAUUUUCUUUCUUUGCACCGGGCCUCGCCCUGCUCGCACUGGCAUGAUGGCCCAGUCGAAGGCCAACGGCUCCCACUAUGCGCUGACCGCCAUCGGCCUGGGGAUGCUGGUUCUCGGGGUCAUCAUGGCCAUGUGGAACCUGGUGCCCGGGUUCAGCGCCCACGAAAAGCCGACAGCUCAGGGGAACAACAAGACAGAGAUAGGCAGCGGCAUUCUCAAGAGCAAGACCUUCUCCGUGGCCUACGUGCUGGUCGGGGCUGGGGUGAUGCUGCUUCUGCUCUCCAUCUGCCUGAGCAUCCGGGACAAGAGGAAGCAGCGGCAAGGCGAGGAGAUGGCCCACAUCCAGCACCAGCCGGGGGUCGAGCCGCACGGCCCGGAAGAAGACAGCCAGGAGGAGGAGGAAGAGGCCUCCUCCAGGUACUAUGUCCCCAGUUACGAGGAAGUGAUGAACACAAACUACUCGGAAGCGAGGGAACUGGACCAGAACCCGAGGAUGAGCAUCUCUCUCCCAUCCUAUGAGUCCUUGACGGGGCUUGACGAGACGAGCCCCACAGCUGCCAGGGCCAACGCGGAGACCAGCCCGGGGAAUCCACCCGACAGGCAGAACUCCAAGUUGGCCAAACGCCUGAAGCCACUCAAAGUUCGAAGGAUUAAAUCCGAAAAGCUUCACCUCAAAGACUUCAGGAUCAGCCUCCCGGACAAAAACAUCCCUCCUCCCUCCAUCGAGCCUUUGACCCCCCCACCACAGUACGACGAAGUCCAGCAGAAGGCUUCUGACGCCCGGCCACCUGACUGAUGGCCCUGCUCAGGUGUGUCCCUCCGGUCGCUCACCCUCCACACCACGGACCCCCAGUGAAGCCACUUCAGCUGCAAUUGAGGAGUGGAGGGGGCAGAUGCAUACAGAUUGAUGUGGAUGGGGGCGAGGGAGCGGGGCGUGGGGAGUCCAGUGACUAGGGACUGACUGACGUCCACAGAACCUCAUGUGGCAGUGCAUUGGGAAGAGCUGCUGCCUCGGAUCUCGGGGUGUGGACCCCGUCACGGUCCUCACAGGGUACGCACCUUCCCCAUCGUUUUUCCCCAACUCUGAGUUGUUGGCGACAACACCUCUCUUUCCAAUCAGGAGAGGAUGCCUAGCAGCUGGUUUAGGUUGUGAUUUUUGUUUUGCUUCCACUAGGACUGUUUUGUUUCAAAAAGAAAACAAGAUAUGCCUUUGCUUUCUUCACCGGAGUCCUGAGCCGUGGGUAGGAGAUGUGACUCAGCUUUCUAGAAAGGACGCGGGGCCAUUUCAGGAACGAAGCAAAACAAGAGGCUGAUCGAUGAUGUGGGGGUGAGGCCCAGCUGGGCUCUCUCAGAGCCCCUGAAGCUGUUGGCUCUUGGGGGCCCCAAGGCCCGGUGAUGCAUAAGAUCAGAGUCUUUACUGGUACACUUUCCUAGGGCCUUCAGGGUAAGGGCAAAAAAGGAAAGCUGCGUGAGAUAUAUUUUAUUCCUUCUAAAAUGCCAUGCAAGUGAGCUUUUUAUAAUAAAAUAUUUUAUAUGUAGUACAUUUGGGCGCUGAAUUAUUGUCGCAGCUCUUCCAACACUGACUUGCUUAGGGAGAAAUAUCACUGAUAAUAAUAGUUGCCGCUAAUCUGCACAAACACUUCACAUGUGUUACGGCAUUUCAUCUGGAUCCUGGUAUCACUGCCAUUUUGCAGGUUAGCUCACAGAGGCUCUGGUUCAAGUGCCUCAUGUCACAUCGCUAGGAAGUAGCCGUGCUAGAGUCUGAACCCCAGCCGUCUGGCUCCAGGGCCUGAGUUCUUUAAAUGCUCUACUGUGCCAUUCAGUGUGAAGAGCUUUUUCAGACUUCGAAUGAGGAGCUGUGCUUCCCAAGAAGGGGAAGCUACUGCUGCUGCCCCUUCGACUCACAUGCCCAAAGGACCAUGGUGGCUGUCUAGACAGCAGCUCCUACCGACCUAAACGUCCCCCCAGCACCCCCCUCCUGAGACCCGGCCCAGCGGGAGCCGAUGGGCUGUAUGCUCAGAAAGGCCGGGUGAGUGUGUCCUCAUGCAGGGGGCAAAGUGCCUGCCUGUGGAACCCAGAAAAGCAGUUCAACUAAUGAGGAUGCCCAGGAUUGCUGACUGCUGAGGCUAGGCCAGAAGAGGAACGACUGGGGUCACGGUCUUGACCGUGGAGUGGGAGUCUGGGAAGACACACCUGGGUCCAGGCGUGCCCUCCUGGUACUGGGGAGCAUGAAGCGGAGUCUGCAUGGAGAAGAGUAAAUUCUGAGGCCCUGGAUGUUUCCGAAAAGCUUCUAAGUAGAGAAGGGUGGGCAGAUAGGGAAUGAAUCCCUCCUGAUCUCGGGAUUGGCAGCAGGGUCUAAAUUCCAACCUUUCCCUUUCCUUAUGCAAAUCCAUCUAUUAAAAGGGAGCUGCAAGGACCUGCUUCGUGGCUAAGACACCAGAGGCCUGGUCUGGUCACAGCCCACUACCGAGCCAGCCUGUGGCUCUGCAUAUAUCUGGGGGCUGGAUUUGUUCUUCGGUUAGUCUUUUUGCUUCCUCCUGAUGGGAAGACAAACAGGAGGAAAAAGA